GGUCGAGAGGGCGAGGGUAGAAGUGGACCGAGGCGCCAACGUGGGAGUGUCAGAUUCCUCCGUGGACCCUGCUCCGAGCUCGGGAGGCUUUCCUUACUGGCGCCCUCACCUCCUCACUCGGCGCUGUGUGAACCUGGCUGGAGCGCAGAGGUUUCUGGAGAAACCUUCAUGCCCUCGCUCCUGCCGGAGGGUGGUGGUCGCUGCCCAGCUGGACGCCAGUUCCCUAUCGCGCAGACAUAACAGGGUUGGGUUCCUUCACUUCAUGGGGUCAGCAGACGCCUAAGCGGUGGGCGUCAGCGGCAAGCAGAGCUUAGGCUCAGGGGCGGGACAGGCAGGCAAUACACAGUACAAUUUCAGAUUGUGGAAAGUGACCCCAAGAAAAGAAAAUGUGUGUGGGAGUGUGUUAGGGGUUACCUUGGAUAGGGUGUCGGGGAGGCCACUCUCAAGGUGACUUUAUUGAGCUGAGGAAAUUGUUCCAGCCUGAGGAAACUGCAGGGCAAAGGUGUGGAGAUGUGACCAAGAGCAGGGUGCCUGGAGCCAGUGAGGAAAUGAGCUGUUGGAGGUGGGGCUGGUAAGGAUUUGGGCUUUAUUCUAGAAACAGUGAGAGCUUGUGGGAUUGAGCUCCCCUCAGCCCAGGACUUCCCCAACACUUUCAAAUGGGGACCAGGGGCUGUGGCCAGGCCUGACCCUUAAGCUUCUCUGUAAAAUGGGGAUAAUUUCUACCUCACAGGGGCACACCUGGCCCAACCUGCUGCCCGCUUUCCCCACAGGGCCCAGUCACCCCUCAUACAGGAUGCCUGAGGGCCCUGAGCUGCACCUGGCCAGCCUCUUUGUGAACGAGGCAUGCAGGGAGCUGGUGUUUGGUGGGCGUGUGGAGAAGUCAUCUGUCAGCCGGAACCCUGAAGUGCCCUUUGAGAGCAGUGCCUACAGCAUCUCAGCCACAGCCCGUGGCAAGGAGCUGCGUCUGACCCUGAGCCCCCUGCCUGGGGCCCAGCCCCCACAGGAGCCACUGGCCCUUGUCUUCCGCUUUGGCAUGUCUGGCUCCUUCCAGCUGGCGCCCAGUGAUGCGCUGCCACCCCAUGCCCACCUGCGCUUCUACACAGUUUCACCUGGCCCCGGGCUUGCCCUCUGCUUCGUGGACAUCCGCCGCUUCGGUCGCUGGGACCUCGGGGGCGAGUGGCAGCAGGGCCGCGGGCCCUGUGUCUUGCUGGAGUACGAGCAGUUCAGGGAGAACGUGCUGCGAAACCUAGCAGACAAAGCCUUUGACCAGCCGAUCUGCGAGGCCCUCCUGGACCAGAGGUUCUUCAAUGGCAUUGGCAACUAUCUGCGGGCAGAGAUCCUGCAUCGGCUGAGGAUCCCCCCCUUUGAGAAGGCCCGCACGGUGCUCGAGGCCCUGCAGCAGCGCAGGCCGAGCCCAGAGCUGACCCUGAGCCAGAAGAUCAAGGCCAAGCUGCAGAACCCGGACCUGCUGGAGCUGUGCCACUCAGUGCCCAAGGAAGUGGUCCAGCUGGGGGGCAAAGGCUACGGGCCGGAGGGCGGGGAGGAGGACUUUACCACCUUUCGAGCCUGGCUGCGGUGCUAUGGCGUUUCGGGCAUGAGCUCCCUGCGGGACCGGCAUGGCCGCACCAUCUGGUUCCAGGGGGAUCCUGGACCGUUGGUACCCAAAGGAAGCAAGUCCCGCAAGAAGAAAUCCAAGGAAACACAGCCAGGCCGUGAGGACAGAAAGGAGGACCCUCCACCUCCAAGCAAGGCCCCUUCCAGGGCACGAAAAGCACGGAGGGACCUUCCCAAGCAGCCUGCAGCCCAGGAGCUCGAGCGGACCAGCCUCCAACAGGACCACAGAGCCCCCAGAAUCCCUAAGAAAGGGAAGAGGAGGGGGCGAGCAGCAACCUCAGGCCGCCGGAGACCCCAGAAGACAAAAACUGACACCCCAUCCUUAGAGCCAGAGAGGACCUCAGCCUCUUAGCAGGAGGGUCGCCUUGCUUGCAUCCUUCCCUUCCUGCUGCCUGGCCCUGGAUCUGUCCGGCUUCCUUGAAGCAGGCCCCGUGGCUGUCCCUGCACAACUGUGAUGCUUUUAAAUAUACCCCACCUUCCCCAUUUUUAAAGAUGAUGUGAAAAAUGCUCUGUUUUUUAAAAAUAAACUGAUAAAGUUGAACUCCUAGGAACUUCUGGGUGGGCUGCAGGUCUGGGAAGGCCAGACUGGGAGGGCCUGCUACCUAGCCCUGAAGAUGGGAG